AUGCCAGUCUACCUCGUCCACGGCUUCCGCUGGCCGCGCGAAGGCUUCUCGGGCAUCCGAGUACAUGCGAUCGUCCACAACCUCGACGACGUCAGCACGGAAUACAUCCAAAACGAACACUCGCGGGCCAACAUCCUCGACUCGUUCCACAGACUAUACCCGGACAUCAUGAAGGAGCUGGAAGGGCCCGGCCGCAGUCUCGAGUUCGUAGAACAAUACAACCCGGACGAUGUGGACGGACCGUACGCGGCGAGCCAGCCGUAUGCGUACGUCGGCGACAAGGUGGUCACGAUCGCCGGCCGACCAGGGAGCGGCAACAACCCACCGCAGACUUCCAGUAUCCCGAAUCCCACGUCGCCGACGCAACCGUCGGUCGCAGCGCCGGGACAGAAUACAGACACGUCGGCGACGGCGGCUGUGCUGGGGGGAGAGAAAGAGUCGGGCGUUACCCACUCCACUACAACGACAGCAGCCACUGCCACGUCUUCUCCGCUCAAAUCGCGCGCCAACACACAGCCUUCCGGCGGCAAAAGGGCGGGCCCGGAAGAGACAGAUCUGAGUCUGAACGUCGAGGACGUCAUCGCCACGGGGCCUGGCCUGACGAACAAGGCGUGGGAAGCGCUCGCGGACCUGCGUGACAAGAUUGCGCCCAACGAGAAGAUAGGCUGGUGGGUGGUAUACAAUGGCGACCCGGAGCGUGCGUUUGACGACUACGACGAUGACGAUGGCGACGAGGACUACGAUGAAGACGACGAGUACGGAGACGAAGAAUAUGAUUACGAAGCCAACGCAUACGGAAACGGCGACGACGAUGAUGAAGGCUACGAGCUUGCAGACGACGAGAGAGGGGUGCAGUAUCGGGGUACGACGACGAAGUCGGUAAUACCAAGAACAACGGCAACACCACCACCACCACCAUCCUCGUCGUCACGCCGCAAACAAGGACACCCACAUUCGCGAGGCUCGUCUCAACAACUGAGACCGCUCACAGCUUCAACGGGCACUCCUCCCACCCGCCCGAUGACAGCACCAUCGGCUGGAGCAUCUGAUACCUAUCCACCCCCGAUGCCACUGCCCCUUUCUGCCACAUCACCGCUUAUACCGCAGCCGCAGUGGCAGCAGCAACAACAACAACAGCAACCGCAACAGUCAGGCCUGACGGCGCUUCCAGUCCGGCCGAACUUCGUGGACCAGAAACCCAAACCUGAUACGAAGGGCAAACAGAAAGAAGGAAGCCGAGAACCGGUAAAACCUAAAGAGACAAAUAAAACUCUAGGCCUCAGAAGGAAGCUCUUUGGAAGACGUGGUUGA